AAACAUUACUCUGCCACUAUUAUUAUUUUAAUUAAUUUUUUUGUCUCUAAAUUAUUCAAGAUCUAACUCUAUAUAAAUUGACCAUAGUCUUGAGAGAAUUGCACAUCAAUCAAAAAAAUUAUUAUUCUACAAAGUUCGAACAAUUUUACUAAGAUGGUUGUUCCAAUUGUAGGUGAGCAUGAGACUGAAAUUCUUCAUGCUCAAACUCACAUAUGGAACCACAUUUUUAGUUUCAUAAAUUCCAUGUCACUCAAAUCCGCAAUUCAAUUAAACAUCCCAGACAUACUUCACAAACAUGGUAAACCUAUGACCCUUGAUGAAUUAGUCAAUGCCAUAUCAAUCAACAAGUCCAAAACAACUCACUUACGUCGUCUCAUGCGUAUUCUAAUCCACUCAGGGUUCUUUCUAAAGUCCCCGAUCAAUCCAGAUCAGGGACCAGAAGGUGGCGAGGGUUAUGUCCUCGCCCCUCCAGCUCGUCUUUUGCUAAAAGAUGAGCCGUUGAGUGUUACACCUUUUUUACUAGCCAUGUUGGACCCUAUUUUAGUGAAGCCUUGGCAUCAUGUAAGUGAGUGGUUUGAGAGUGAUGAACCAACACCAUUUGAAGUAGCACAUGGAAGGACAUUUUGGGAUUAUGCUGGACAUGAACCUAGACUUAAUCAUUUUUUUAAUGAUGCAAUGGCUAGUGAUGCUAAGUUGGUAAUGAGUGUUGUAAUGAAAUAUUCAAAGGAUGUUUUUGAAGGAUUGAAUACUAUUGUUGAUGUUGGUGGUGGUACUGGGACUGUGGCUAAAACAAUUGCUAAAAAUUUCCCUAAUUUGAAAUGCACUGUGUUUGAUUUGCCACAUGUUGUUGAAGGACUUGAACCAAGUGACAACUUGACUUAUGUUGGUGGUGAUUUCUUUGUGUCCAUUCCUCCUGCUGAUGCUCUUCUACUCAAGUGGAUAUUACAUGAUUGGAGCGACGAAGAAAGUGUGAAAAUAUUAAAGAAAUGUAAAGAAGCAAUACCAAGUAAAGAAAAAGGUGGAAAAGUGAUAAUUAUUGAUAUGAUGGUUGAUAAUAAAAUUGGAGAUGAUGAAUCAAUUGAAACUCAAAUAUUCUUUGAUAUGUUAAUGAUGGUUUUAGUUACUGGAAGAGAAAGAACUGAAAAAGGAUGGUCAAAAAUAUUCUUUGAAGCUGGAUUUAGUGACUAUAAAGUUACUCCAAUUCUUGGAUUAAGGUCAUUAAUUGAGGUUUAUCCUUAAUUAAUUUGAGUUUAUGAAAAAUAAUUGAUGAUCCGUGUGGGUUUAUUUUAUCAUGGUAUGUCAUGUAAAAGUUAUAAAUAAUGAGGACUAUGUCAUGUUUGAUGUACUUUUAUCCAUUUUGUGUAACGGAUAUUUAACUUAUUUUAUGUUUUA